AUGGCAGACAUCGAAAAGCAGCUGCUACAACAGCAGACAAGACCACCCGAUGGCGUGACCCACACAGGAUCUAACUCACCCCUCGAAAUCAAAGUCGAGAAGUCAGGUACCGGUACUCCAGACGAAGAUUCAGCACAGCAGAACAAGAAAGUUAAAUCCCCCCUGUUUGCAAGGCGGAAGCCAGCGAAGGAGAAGAAAUUGUCCUCUGAUGGCAAGGCUGGGGGCACGACCGACGACGACAUCAAACCUGUGGCGAUCACCGCACUCUUCCGAUUUGCCACUAGAUUUGAGAUUUUCCUUGACAUCAUUGGCCUAAUCUGUGCCGCCGCUGGAGGCGCAGGCUUGCCCCUUAUGACCCUCAUCUUUGGUAAUCUGGUUACAGCUUUUGUCAACUUCACCACCGUCGCUCUCACCGGAGACCCGGCCUUGAUCGCUCCUGCAGCCGACAAUUUCCGUCAUGUGUCGGCUCAGGAUGCUCUGUGGAUUGUCCUCAUCGGUAUUGGCAUGUACAUUGUCACACAUGCAUACAUGUGGAUUUGGACAUACACCGGGGAAGUAAACGCCAAACGGGUCCGCGAAAGGUACCUUGCCGCUGUUCUACGGCAAGACGUGGCGUUCUUCGAUAAUCUUGGCGCAGGUGAAGUCGCCACUCGUAUUCAAACCGAUACACACUUGAUCCAGCAAGGCACAUCCGAAAAGAUUCCUCUGAUUAUGACCUUCGUGGCCGCCUUCAUUACUGGUUUCAUAAUCGCUUAUGUCCGCUCAUGGCGCCUUGCGCUUGCUUGCACAGCCGUCAUCCCCUGCAUUGGCAUUACAGGCGCAGUCAUGAACCACUUCAUAUCUAUUUUCAUGCAGAGGUCGCUCAAAGCUGUUGCGGAUGGUGGUACACUCGCGGAAGAAGCCAUAUCCACCAUCCGCACUGCCAAAGCAUUCGGAACGCAGCACAUCCUCUCGGCAUUGUACGACACUCAUGUCCAGAGAGCUCACAAUGCCGACAUGAAAGCCGCCGUUUCAUUGGGCGGUGGCCUGGCCUGCUUCUUCUUUAUCGGCUACAACGCAUAUGCACUUGCCUUUUACUAUGGAACCACCCUUGUGCUCUUCGGCAUCGGCAACGUCGGCAUUGUCGUCAAUGUUUUACUUGCAAUCAUGAUUGGCUCUUUCUCUCUCGCGCAAAUGGCACCCGAAAUGCAGGCGGUGUCCAAUGCCCGCGGUGCCGCCGCCAAACUGUUCGCGACAAUUGACCGCGUUCCCACCAUCGACUCCGCCUCGACCGAGGGGAAGAAGUUGGAUAACGUUGAGGGACGCAUUUCACUGGAGCAUGUCUCUUUCAACUAUCCUUCGAGGCCGGAAGUUAGAGUUCUCAAUGACCUCACGAUCCACUUCGAGGCCGGUAAGACUGCUGCCUUAGUCGGCGCGUCUGGUUCGGGCAAGAGCACGGUCGUUGCUCUCGUGGAGCGGUUUUACGAUCCUCUGCAAGGUGGUGUUCAGCUCGAUGGCCACGAUCUCAGAGAACUCAACGUUAGCUGGCUCCGUAGCCAGAUCGGUUUUGUCGCACAGGAGCCUACGCUAUUCGCUACCUCUGUUCGGCAGAACGUAGAGCACGGCCUCACCGGUACACCUCUAGAGAACCUUUCGCCCCAGGAAAAGCUGGCACUGGUAAAAGAAGCGUGCGUGAAAGCCAAUGCCGAUAGUUUCAUCAGCAAACUCCCUGAAGGAUAUGAAACGAACGUUGGGCAGGCUGGACUUCUGAUGUCUGGAGGCCAGAAACAACGUAUUGCGAUUGCUCGUGCUAUCGUUUCCAACCCGAAGGUUCUGCUCCUGGAUGAGGCAACAUCUGCUCUUGACACCCAAUCGGAAGGUAUUGUGCAAAACGCGCUCGAUAAGGCUUCCCAGGGUCGCACCACAAUAACAAUUGCGCACCGAUUAUCUACUAUCCGUCGGGCGAAUCAAAUCUAUGUGAUGGGCGAGGGUCGUGUUCUAGAACACGGGACGCACAACGAAUUGCUUUCCAACAAGGAAGGCGCGUAUUCUAGUCUCGUCUCCGCACAAAAACUCCGUGAGCGCCGAGACGGUCAACAGGAUGACAAGGAAGAUGGCGUCGAUGAUCAAGCAGAGAAACUGGAAGGACCCCUUAUGACUGAUGCUGAAGCGCAGGCAGCCGCAGAGGCAGAGAUCCCACUCCAAAGAACUGGUACCGCCUUCUCUAUUGGCUCGGAAAUUACGAAGCAGCGCCGUCAAGAAGGCUUACUGCCUGAUCAACAAGUUGACAAGACCUACGGUUUUCCUUACCUGUUCAGGCGCAUUGGGGCAAUCAACCUCAGUGCCCUCAAGUUCUAUGCGUUUGGAUCCAUUUUCGCCAUUGGAUUCGGCAUGAUCUACCCCGUGUUCGGCAUCGUUUAUGGUAUUACCCUUCAAAGCUUCGCCACCAACACCGGCUCUGCUUUGAGGCACGCGGGUAAUAUGAACGCCCUCUACUUCUUUAUUAUUGCAAUCGCGGCAUCAGUUUGCGGUGGGGGGAUGAACUCCUUGUUCGGUGUCGCUGCCACACAUCUGACAGCGAAACUACGCUCAAUCUCAUUCUCGUCAAUUAUGAAGCAAGACAUAUCUUGGUUCGACGAGGAUCGUCACUCGACUGGCGCCCUUACCGCUAACCUUUCUGACUACCCACAGAAAAUUAGCGGUCUGGGCGGUGUCACUCUUGGUACCAUCUUACAGAGCGCUACUACGGUUGUUGGCGGGGCAAUCGUUGGUCUUUGCUAUGGUUGGAAGCUCGCCCUCGUGGGGAUCGCCUGCGUUCCGUUUGUCAUCGGCUCCGGCUGGAUUCGUCUGCAGGUGGUAGUCAUGAAAGACGAGAAGAACAAGGCUGCUCACGAGGAAUCGGCUCAGCUCGCUUGCGAAGUCGCCGGCGCUAUCCGCACCGUUGCUUCCCUAACCCGUGAGAAGGCAGCAUGCAGGGAGUACAGUGACAGCCUUGAGAUACCCCUCAGGAGAUCGAACAGGAAUUCGAUUUACAGCACUGCCCUGUAUGCCCUGUCACAAACACUGGGCUUCUUCACCAUCGCCUUGGUAUUCUGGUAUGGGUCUCGCUUGGUUGCAUCCCAAGAGUACGAUACCCAGCGGUUCUUCAUCUGCCUGAUGUCUGUUACGUUUGGUGCCAUGCAAGCGGGCAACGUGUUCACAUUCGUGCCCGAUAUCUCUUCAGCGAAAAGCUCGGCUAGUUCUAUUAUCAACCUGAUCGACAGUGAACCCGAGAUCAACGCGGACUCCACCGAAGGCAAGAAGCUGACAGACGUGAAGGGCCAGAUCACCUUCCACGAUGUUCACUUCCGCUACCCGACCCGACCCGGGGUCCGUGUCCUUCGAGAUCUCUCCAUCCAGGUCAACCCUGGUCAGACGGUCGCCAUCUGCGGCCCUUCCGGCUGCGGGAAAUCUACUACUGUCCAGUUGAUUGAGCGGUUCUACGAUCCGUUGGCCGGAGGUGUAUCCUUUGACGGCGUCCCGAUCACGGAACUCAACGUUGGAGAGUACCGCAAGCACAUUGCGAUCGUAUCACAAGAGCCUACAUUAUACAGCGGUUCAAUCCGAUUCAACAUUCUACUCGGUGCCAACAAAGCCGCAGAAGAAGUGACGAAAGACGAGCUAGAGGAGGUCUGCCGCGACGCCAACAUCCUGGACUUCAUCCACUCCUUGCCUGAUGGCUUCGAUACUGAGGUGGGUAGCAAGGGCACAUCCCUUUCCGGUGGCCAAAAACAACGGAUCGCUAUUGCCCGGGCGCUCAUUCGUAACCCUAAAGUGCUUCUUCUCGAUGAGGCUACCUCCGCUCUUGACUCGCAGUCGGAGCAUGUGGUGCAAGAGGCGCUCGACACUGCAGCCCGUGGUCGGACUACCAUCGAGAUUGCGCAUCGUUUGAGCACUAUUCAGAAUGCCGACCGUAUCUACUACAUUGCAGAGGGGAAGGUGACAGAGGAGGGGACGCACGACGAGCUUUUGCGCAUGCGUGGAGGGUAUUAUGAGCUCGUGCAGCUGCAAGCACUGAGCAGAGCAGACAUGGCAUGAUUCACGAGGGUACGAUGGGGAUUUGGGGACAAUUUGCAGCUUUUUGGGAUACACAUCUACGUUUUAUUUGAAUUCUGAGUGUUGUAUCUAUAGUGUAGGUCGCAACUC